AUGUCAAGGCAAGAUAAACGUAAUGAGGCGUCUCGCUCCUUUUCACUGCCUUCAAACUGGUCAUUUAGUAACAAUUCAUCACCAUCCGUUUCGCGUAUCAAUUCUGCUGGACCACUAAAUAUGAAUAACUUCAACAAACAAAGCUCGCCCAAGGACCAUUUGUUUUAUAAGUGUGAAGCUUUAAAACAACGAUUACAAAAAAUUGAAGGAAUGGCUCCAUUUUUGGAUAUGGCAUUCAACAAGGCUGAGAAAUUGUGUGAACAACAAUCGUUGUCGCUCGCACAGGAAAAGAAUACUGAAUCAAUGAGUAGAUUAUCAAUGUCGUCCAUGAGCUCUCAAGGAAGUGGUACAUUGGUUACAAACAAUACAAAUAGAACAAGUGGAUCACAGGGUAGUAGCAACAGUAUAUCUGAUAGUCUCUUGACUUUUACUGCUGGGGUACUACCACUAAAUAUAAGUGUUGAUUCAGCAACGCAAUUGUGGCAAUUGUUUCAACAAGGUGCUCCCUUGUGCCUAUUGUAUAAUGAGAUUUCAUCUGAUCACAAACUAGCCGUGGUUAGCUCUGAUGAUCAACGUGUAUGCAAAAAAUCAGUUUAUGAGUUUAUUAUUGCCAUGAAGUUGAAUUUGAAGUUUGAAGAUGAUGAUUUAUUUACCAUAUCAAAUGUGUUUUCUGAUAGCACUCAAGAUUUGCUAAAGAUUAUCUCUGUUGUGAAUAAGUUGCUUGAUGGGAAGGUGGCUGAAGAUCCAGAUAUCAAUGUUGAUGUGCAAAUCACCAAUGAACGGUCCAAGGUGUUUCGCGAGAUUAUAGAAACUGAGAGAAAAUAUGUCCUGGAUUUGGAACUCUUGGUAACUUAUAGAAACCAAUUGGUUGAAGCGGAACUACUCCUGUCUGAGCAAAUUCACACAUUGUUCCCCAACCUCAAUGAAAUUAUUGAUUUCCAAAGACGGUUUUUAAAUGGACUCGAAUGCAAUAUAAAUGUACCAGUUAGAUACCAAAGAAUAGGAUCAGUGUUUAUCCAUGCUAGUCUAGGUCCUUUCAAGACGUAUGAACCCUGGACAAUUGGUCAAUUAACGGCAAUAGAGCUCAUCAAUAAAGAAGCAUCCAAUUUGAAAAAAUCAUCCAAUUUGAUUGAUCCCGGAUUUGAACUACAAUCGUAUAUUCUCAAGCCUAUUCAAAGAUUGUGUAAAUAUCCAUUACUAUUAAAGGAGUUGAUCAAAACUUCACAAGAAACUUUUAAUUCAUCGGAUGAUUUACUGGAUGCGGCAUUUGCUUCUCAUAAUGAGCUUCUAGCUGCUCAAGAAGCAAUGAAGGAAGUGGCCAAUAGAGUUAAUGAAGCACAAAGAAGAGCUGAAAAUGUCGAGUAUUUACGCAAAUUAGUUGAACGAGUCAAAAACUGGCGUGGCUUCAAUUUGAAAGAUCAAGGGGAACUACUCUAUCAUGGAAUAGUGGGCGUUCGAGAUGCAGACACUGAGAAGGAAUAUGUUGCCUACUUGUUUGAAAAGAUUAUAUUCUUUUUUAUUGAACUGGAUAAAGAUAAGGAAAAACAUGAAAAGAAGUUUAAACUUGGAUUACGAAAAGUUUCUGGGUCGGGAUUGAGCUCUUCAACGGCAAAUUUACUUGAAUCCAUAAACGGCACCAAUGACAGUAGUCCAUUGGAGUUGAAAGGAAGGGUGUAUAUCCUGGAGAUAUACAACAUUAGCGCCUCGUCAAACCACGGAUACACCUUGGUAAUUUCAUGGUCUGGUAAAAAGGAAAGUGGAUCAUUUAAAUUACGCUAUCGUAAUGAAGAAACUAGAAACCAAUGGGAACAAUGUUUACGCAAUUUGAAAACAAACGAAAUGAAUUAUCAUUUAAGUAAAAAGCUACGCGAUUCACAAUCAUCAGUCAAUACUAAUGAUUCUUCAAUUUACGAUUACAAUGGAUCAAACACCACUGCUGAAUCACCACAACAGUUUUACUCAGCGGGGCAACAACAACAGCAGCAGCGCCAUUACUCUUCAUCAUCAACUUAUAGCAUGAUGCAACCAAACUCGCGCGUUAAAUCAGGCGACCUAUCGCGAAUUUCUUCCUCAGGGUCAAACUCAAUCAACCAUACUACAGCAUCAACGACACCAGUAUCUACUUCAGCCCCCAAUUUGCCACUAUUUGAUAUCAAAGUGAAAUUAAUCUACAAUAGGUUGGAACUUCCUGACCCGUUGGUUGUAUCCAAUCAAACGAGGUUUCAUGAAUUGUAUCAGAAAAUAUCGGGUAAGAUUGCCACUAGUGAAUUGAUUCAAGAGGAUAUCUUGGUUAGCAAAUUACGAUACAAAGAUGAAGAUGGGGAUUUUGUGGUGAUGGAUCUGAAUGAAGAUUGGAAUUUGGCUAUUGAUGAUUUAGGCGAAGGAAGGAGUUUGACUAUUUGGGUAUCGUAG